AUGGAACAAGGUGAUAAGAAACAGGAAAUUCGAAAAUUCGCCGAAAAGCUGAAGCCCUUCCUGAAGUUUGCCGGGAUUAUUUGAAACUCAAGAAUAAUUCCAAAUUUAGCGAAAUCGCGUCAAACACUCCAAGCUUCUUGUCGCCGCUCAGGGUCCUUUUCGAGGCCAUCGAAAAAGUUCUCGGCUGGAAACUGACUGACGGCGACAGGUCCGCCAUCAGAAACGUGAGUUCGAAAGAAAAAAAAUGCACUUCAUCAACGAGAAAGUUUUCCUAAACUCUGGCGCGAGAGCAAAGCGAUGUCGCGUACAUUGGCGACAUCGCUAAACGCUUUGUUGCCGCGCCGGACGCGCAAUUUUCAUGCACUAAAAAAAGUGUUUUCCGAAAAUGCGAUGUCGCGGCGGUACAUUGGCGACAUCGCAAAAAUGCUGCCUUGUCGUCGCGCCAGACCCGCGUUUUUCUCAUUCUCAAAAAUUUUUGAAAACCUACAAAGCGAUGUGAAAAAUGCAAAUGGGAAUAUCGUUCUCAACACAAAAGUUUUUCUGUACACAAUUGGUAACUAGUCCGGCGCAGGAGAAAAGCGAUAUCGCUAAAGUAACAUUGACGGCAUCGCAAAAGUGCUUUGUCGCCGGACUCGCGUUUUUCCCGCUUUUUCAAGCAUCAAAAAAUAUUUUCCUGCGAUAUUGCGCCGAUGGAAAGGCGAUAUCGCUAGCGUCGACGACAUCGCAAAAAUGCUGCCUUGUCGUCGCGCCAGACCCGCGUUUUUCUCAUUCUCAAAUUUUUUUGAAAAUCUUCAAAGAGCCGAGAAAAAUUGACAUUAAAAUACGUUUCUCAACACAAAUUUUGUCCGUUACAUUAAUGAUAACUAGCCUGCCGCGAGAGAUAAAGCGAUAUCGCUAAAGGAACAUUGACGACAUCGCUAAACGCUUUUUUGCCGCGCCGGACUCGUGUUCGCGAUUUUCAUGUAUUAAAAAACUAUUUUCUGAAUCGCGAUGUCGCUCGCUGUAUAUUGACGACAUCGCUGAUGUACCGCUAUUUUUUCGGCUUUACCUCGCAUUUCUCUCGGAAUGGUCACGUACUCUGAAAAUCGUUUUUCAAAAGGCGUUGCGCUGAGAGAGAGCGAUGUCGUUGGCGACAUCGCGAAAGUGCUGCUUCGAGGAGCAACCUUGAGGGCCCUUGAAAAAAAAAUGGUUUUUCUAUAGGAGAUCAUGCUGUUGGUUCCCAUACUCCUCAACAAAAAAACUGUAGACCCCUAUAGGGACCGCUUAAGCUUUAGGGGCCUAGAGCUCAGACCCUAACCCCUCCAGGGACCACUCUGAUGUUCCAAAGUUUAAUCUGAAAUCUCCGAGCUAUAUUUCAUAAGCUGGAUCGAUUUCAACCCUAGUUCAUAGCUUAUAAAUGACUCUGAUCAGCGAAAUCCAUAUUUUUCGAGAAGAAUGACCUUCGUUGCGAUUUCAUAUCCGAUAGAAAGUCGAAAAUGCCCAAAACUACCGACUUUUCCCGUUUCAGCUCACUACUGGCGACAAAGACCUUCUUUCCGAAUUUGCCAAGGAUGAAGGCGUCAAUGCGCGUUUCUCUUUCAUCCCUCAGGACGACAAUCGCUUUUUCCGGAAAGUAUGUCACUUCUUCAUCCCUUUCUGUUUCGAGAAAAAUCUCUAGUGGCCACUUAAAAGGUUCCUUAAGAACUACUUGGAGAGGACACUAAAGGGGCCACUGAAACCAGCUCUUUAGACUUCUUUGCGUCUAAGGGACCACUAUAGUAGUUUUAGUGGUCUAGGAGGAUCUCUUAGACUUCUAAAGAGGCCAUUAACUUUUAACCACUUAAGUGGACCCUAAUUCGACUACUAUAGUGGCCACUGAAACGUCAAAACCCUGAAGUGGCCACUAGAAGUUUCCCAGUUGUUUUUUUGGGGACAGAAAAAAAUUAACUUUUCAGUGAAAAAAGGAAACUUUUUGGCUUGAUUCUAUCAAAUUUCUAUAAAAAAUCCUCAUGUCAUAAAAAAAUAUAAUUUUUUUCAUUAUCUCUCAGAAAGCUCCUGCUCCUACCCUUGGGCCAGAACGACAGCCAAGGUUUCCACAAAACUUUUUUUUUGAAUAAAAAUCUAAUUUUAGGCCCGAAACGAGCCAAACUUUCCCGAAAACCGAGUUGGUCUACAGGUUUUGAGAGCAAAAAAAAAAUUUUCAUUUUAAACUUUUUCCAGAGUUCCCCAGAACCCAAAAGCCGCGGAGAAGAAGGAAAAUUUGACGGCAGAGUUUGUUUUUUUUUCUGAAAUUCAUCAAAAAAGGAAAAUUGCCCGUGGGGCGCACAAGCCUCGCUUUUUUAAUACUUUGUUUUUCCCGAUUUUGAGAGCGCCAGAGUGGUCACUAGAAGGGUUAGAGAGAAAAAAGCCCCUAUAGUCAACCCUCUGGAGCUCAAGUGGUCACUAUAGGGUCUUUUGAUUUUUUGCUCUGCUUUCAAUGUGAAAAAGACGUAUAGAGACCCCUAGAGCGACCACUUUUGCAAGAUUUAAAGACCCCUAUAGAAGAAAGUAUACUGAUCUCUUAAGGGGAACCUACAAGAGCUCCUAACUUUGCCCCUCUAAGGACCACUCUGGCGUCCCAAAAAUGUAUAUCAUUCUUAUUUUCAGGCAAGAAGAAUUCAUGAAAAUGCCCCAGAUUGAGCUCGUCAAUUUGGUCAUCAAAUUAAAAGAGGAAAACAGGAAGUUGAAGUAAUUUUUAUGAGCUUUUUUGGGGUUGAAAAUGGGUUACUUUAAGGCCGUUUCAUGCAGGGUACAUUAAGAUUUCCGCAAAAUUGCCUCUCCGAAAUUUAAAUUUUCAAAAACACGAAUUUUUUUUCUCAAUUUGGCUUGAUUUUUUGAAACUUUCGAACUGAGCGAGGUCAAGGGUUCUACGCAUUUUGAAUAAGAAAAAUAAGUUUGAACUAAAAAAAUUUUUUUAAAUCUCAAAAAGUUUUCAAAAAAACCGACCGAUUUUUUUCCAGAAAGAUCAUGUCUUCAAUGGAUAUUUAAAAUUGCUGUUUUAAGCUGUUUAAAAAAAACUGUUUAUUGCAUCUUCAAUGUAAGAAUACAUGUGCAAUCGACUUUCAUUGAUUUUAACUGUGUUUAAAGGACGGCAGGAGCUGUGGCUUAGGCAGAGAAGUUGUGAAUUUCGCUCGUAGAACAUCAGGUACAAGAGAGGUCGUAGGAAGAAGUACGGUGCCGGCUUUCCAAGGGCCGAUGGCAGAGAUUGAGCCUUUUCGCUGCAUGCAGCUUCCAAUUUUAUCUACCCCGGAGGGAUGAAAGGCUUGGUCGACCUCGGGGGGACUCGAACCUACGACCUCGCGGACGUUAGAAAUGAGUUAUGCCAGCUGAGCUAUGCCGCCCCAAUUUUAAGCUCCAUUGAAGGAUUUUUUGUUCUUGAACUCCCGUUUUUGAUCUGCCAAUAUUUUUUUAAAAUGAUUGCUUUUGUUGAAAAAAUAAUUUUUUCAGGCGGAUCGACCCCGCAAUGAAUGGAAACACGCAGGUAUGCUUCACGAAGCGAUUUUUUUGCAAAAAAAUGAAAAAUAUUUUUUUCAAAAGUUAGGAAAUUUCGAACCAAAAAAACAAAAGGCUUUUUUUAAAAACUGUAUGCACUGUUUUCAUAGUUUUUAAACUUAUCGAAUCAUUUUUUUUUCCAAGGAUGCUUUUAAUUUUCCGAGAAGAGUAUUUAGGGUUUCAAAAAACCUCAUUUUUUUGAGAACUUUCAAAUUGACUUUUUAAAGAUAAGAACCUACGGCUCGCGAACUGAUAACACGCCAUCUCAAAGUGCCAGGUAUUAUUUUUUUGAUUUUGAAGUUUUUGAAAAAUUGAAAUGGAUGAUAGGCGCUAUGAAAACUGAAAAAAAUAAUUAAAAAAAUUAAUUGAUGAAAAAAAUUAGUCAAUUUAAGACUGUAUUGUGCGCUCUAUUGACAAUUUUUUUCAAUGACAAAAAAAUAUUUUUUUUAGAUUAAUUUCAUGAAUUUUCCAAAUAUCUACUUCAGAAAAUUUGACUUUGAUGUUAUUUUUUCUUUUAUUGAAAGCGCGAAAAAAUUUAUCUAAAAAACGCCUUUAUUUUUUGACAGCUUGUGCGCUCUGUUGAUAAUCUUCAUUUUUGCAGUUAAUUUUUUUUUUCAUCAACUUAGACUUGAUGAUUUAUCAAUUCAUUUUUUUUAUUUUGAAGUUUGAUAAUUUUUUAAUUCUUACCUUGAUUAGAAAUAAUUCGAAUGGUCUUGAAAAGCGUGAAAAAAUAGCCGCCUAAAAAUCGACUUGUGCGCUCUGUUGAUAAUCUUCAUAGUUACUUCAUGAUUAAUUUGAUCAUUUUUUUUCCCUCAAUUUCGUGAUAAUUUGAAUUUUAGUUUGAAAAUUAUGAAAAAAUAGCCGCUUAAAAAUCGACUUGUGCGCUCUAUUGAUAAUACUAAUUUUUUUUUCAGUCAUUUAAUUCAGUGUAUUUUGAAUUCAAAGAUUUAUCAUAUCUUUGGGUUUUUUUUUUUACAAAGUUCGAUCAUCUGUUAGCGAAAAUAUAGACUUUAGUUGGGAUUUUAUGAAGAAAUAGCCGCCUGAAAAUUUUCAUGUGCGCUCCGUUGAUAAUUUGUUCUAAGUUACCCCUUUCUUGAUUUUUCCCAUAUUUUUCUUCACUGCUUUCUCAAAAUAAGUUUGUUGAAAAAUUUGCCCAAAAUUGGAUUUGAAUAAUAAUUUUAGUUUUUAGAAGCGUUAAACCAAAUAAUUGCACCUAUUUCCGUCAAGAAGAUCCGCUGGCGAGGCCGAAAAGUCAGCAAAAUCGGAGUAGCCGCCAAAAAGUUUGAAAAACCCGGAUUUAUGAGGUUUUAUGGGCAUUUUUAGAAUGGAGCCGGGCCAAGCAAGAUUCAAGUCGAAGUCCCGAAAAAAGGUGGGAUUUUUGAGGAAAUAUGAAGGAAAAAAAAUGUUUUAGAGCCUCUGGCCGUUGUGAAGGUCGAAAAGAAGCCGGAAAUUUCGAUCAGUUUCUUGGAAAUCAACGAAGAAUCGAAAAAGGCUGCCGUGGAGACGCAGAAGGUCAUGCAGGAGCUCGACGAAUUCCUGAAAAUGGCCGAAAGGUGGCUUUUUCCGAGAAAAAAAAGGGAUUAGUUGGUACUCACAGGGGGCUCUCUGUGGGGGAAAAAAAUUCACCGGCUUUUUUUCCCAACUGAGAAACUUCAAGUUGUAUCUAAAGGGAGGGCAAGAAGUACUCUAAGGCACUCCCAAGGCACUGCAGAAACAAAAAACUUUUUCCCCUAACCCCUAUAGGUACCACUCUGGAUUACUAAUUCCAAAACGGUUUUCUUUAAAGUUCUAGUGGACCGCUUAGAAAGCCCUAUAGAGACCACUUAGAUUUUGAACCGUGGAGGGAGCCUCAAAUUGCCUCUGUAGGGGUCCCUAAAUCAACGAAACCCCAUCAGAAAAACUCCGCUCCGUCUAUAGUGAGCUCUCAGGCUCCAGGGGUUAAGCGGACCGCUUAGAAAGCCCUAUAGGAGCCACUUAAGUUUUAACCUGGAGGGACCCUAAAAUGGCCCCUAUAGUUGCCUCAAAAUCAAGGAAACCUGUCGGAAUCCUACGCUUCGCUUUAGGGAGCCCUAAGGCUUCAGGGAUUGAGAGGACCGUUUAGAAAGCCCUAUAGGAGCCACUUAAGUUUUGAACCCUUGAGGGACCCUAAAAUGGCUCCCUAUAGUGCUUUCUUUUUUUCCGAAUCAAAUUUUGCGCGUUCUGGUGUAGGAUUGCGUCAUUGUGCGACCGCGUAAGUUUUAACUUCGUGAUUUUCUGAAAUUUUAUUCCAACGUAUCUCUUUUUUGUUUUUUGUUUGAAUCUUCUAUUUGUCCAUUCUUUCAGCUCUUAAAACAGAAAAAAAAUUUAAAAGGUGCCUUCAAAAAUCAUUUUGUUGUGAAAUUAGUUUCCAUUCCUUCAAUUUUUUCAUUUCUUUGAUCAUGUAUAACGAAAGAAUGGUUGAUUUAAUGCACCUAGAGCCCCAAUUCUCAGAAAAGCUUCAAAAUUUUUUCUUUUAAUCAAAAGUUCCAGAGUCAACUUAUUGGGAGCAAUGGGCCGGCUUGAAAUGCGGAAAAAUGCGAUUUUGAACGUUUAUUCCAUCGCCGUCCAGAAUAUCCACCACUACGAACAGGAGGUCCGUCAAAAUAUCAUUUGAGGGAAACUGUGAAUCUCUAGUGGCCACUUAAGAGACUGGACACUGAAGGGGCCACUAAAAACACCUCUAAAGAAGCCACUAUAGUAGUUUUAGUCGCCUAGUAGUACGACUGAGAGUCCUAAAGAGGCCACUAAUUUUCAGCCACUUAAGUGGCCACUAUUUUCACUCCUAUAGUAUCAUUUAAAACAAAACAACGACCACUAAAACAUUCAAGCCCUAAAGUGGCCACUGAAAAUUUUCCCAGAAAAAAACGAUAUUUUUAGAAAUUCCGCGAAAUGCAACCCUUGCCGCCAAUUCCACAACCUGACUAUGAGGAUUAUCGCCGAAUUCGCCAGAUUUUCAACGAUUUUUGCGAUUCGAAUGAUGGUGAGUUUCGAAACACAGAAUAAAUAAAGCUACCGUAUACAAGGCCUUUUUUGGGCCCUUCGCUUCGAGACCUCAAAAAGCGGGUUUUAAAAACGAACUUUUUCAUGGGAAAACUUGAAAAAAUGAUUUGAAAUUGCAUAUUUUCUGGAACUUUUCAUCAUUUUUAUUCAUUAGAACUUGGUUAAGAAUGAUUUUUUUUUUCAAAAAAGGUUAUUUUCUACAAAGUAAAUGUAUACUUCGGAAAAGUUGAAAAAAUAAAAUUUGGAACUUUUCAAGACCAAGUUCAAACGCCGACCAGCUCUUCGAGCCAUGAAUUUUUGGCUUCUAAUAAUGUUCCAGGUUCGUUUUUGCCAUUGGAAGGCCAAAAAUCCUAUUUUCGUUCCCUUUUCCUCUCAAGGGAUGAGUCUAAGCGUUGCGGUCGCGUGGCGGUUCCCACCCGAAGGAAAAAAUACUUGCGCGCUUUGGCAUUCUAAAGCAUGAGAAAGCCGCGGAACGUCGGGUGCAACUUUUAAUUUAAUUGACAAGGGCCGGUACGCAUCGCAGCCGCAACGCUUCCAGCUUUUCAAUUUUCAUUUUCUCGCCUUCUUGUUUUUUUUGACCAUUCAAACUUUACCAAAAAAAUCAUUGAAGGUUGGAAAUCUUUGGGGCCGAAUUUAUGUGAUUUUUUCUUUUCCUUUUUUUCACUUUUUUCAAAAAAUGAAUUUUCUUCUCACCCAGCGAUUUUUGCCCAUUUUAAGAGUUCGGGCUCAACCAUUUUUCUCGACUGUUUGAUUUGAUUUUUCCUCUAAAAAAAUCGAUUUUAAAAAAAUUGUGCAGAAGAGGUUUUAUUCAUAGCGAAAUGAAUGGACUUAGGAUGGUGAUGAUGAUUUUUUUUUAAUUCUAAAAUUUUUUUUGGUUAAUUUUUCGUUUUGUAUGUCAUUUGUCACAAUUUCAUGUCAUUUAUCACAUUUCGAAUUUUUUCAAUUUGAACUUUACAGCGACUAGCUCAUUUACUGCGAAGCCGAACAUUUUUGCGGCGAACCCUUGGAGAAACAGUGGGAAUAACAAGAAAGAGGACGUUGUGGAGGUUGGUUUUUUAAAUUUUAUUCUGGGAAAAAUCGAAAAAUGACAUUUUUUGAAUUCGCGCCUUAAAAUGACAUUUUUUCAAUUCUCGCCUUAAAAAACGACAUUUUUUGAAUUCUCUCCUUAAAAAAACGACAAUUUUUUUGAAUUUUCUUCUUAAAAAAAUAACAGUUUUUCGAUAUCUGUCAUUAAAAAUAGCAAUUUUUGAUUUCGCGCCCAAAAAACGACAAUUUUUGAAUUUUCUCCUUAAAAAAUACCAUUUUUUUGAAUUCGCGCCAAAAACGCUUCGCCCAGGAACUCCUGAAAGUACCGCAGUUCUUUCAAUUCCAGUUAAUUUUUAAAAAAAUCAUUGGAUUACUGUAAAAAAACGGGAAAUUAUUAGAAGUUUAACUGAACCAUUUUUCGCUGCUCGACCGGACCGAGAUUUGCCCCUUCUGUUCUUCCCAAAUGACUAAAGGCCGACUUUUUGGCCUGCGAAAUUUGUGGCAACUACGCCCACGCAACGGUUGGUUUCUUCAUUUUUUUCGUGGAGAAAUCGCCCUCCUUUUUCGGAGAGAAAACAAGGAAUAGCCAUUUUUUUAAAAGUUUUAUUGAAUUAAAAAAACGAAAAAAACCAACUUAGGAACGCUAGAGUGGUCCCUGGAGGGGCUCUUGUAGGUUCCAGGCGAGAAAUCACCUUAAUAACCCUAUAGGGGACACUUAAGAUUGCAAAAGUGGCCGCUCUAGAGAUUUUAGUUAGUGGUCACUCUAGGGGAACUUGCUUUAGGGACGAAAAUUUGGAAAACUGUAAAUUCAAGUGGAAAAGGUAUCAAAAAAAAACUGAUCGAUCAAAUUUCAUCAAAUACGUCUUUUCAUUUUCAAAUCAUAACCUCUAGACCUCUAUAGGGACCACUCAAGCUUUUGGAGCUUAGGGGCGAGACCCUAAAAAACCCUAUAGGGAUCACCUAAGUUUUAGCCCUCUAGGGAGUACUUUUUUCAACUAGAGUGGUCGUUUUUUUCCUCUAAUCCCUCUAGGGACCACUCUGUCGUUCUUGAGAAGCGCAGUACGAAUUAUCGGUAGAAAAGGUUAAGAAAUCACUCGAGUGGAUCUUUUUUCGCUCAAGUGAUCACUUAAGAACGUUUUUCCCUGGAAUUUUCCGAUUUUCACCUAAUAAGCAUGUUAAAAGAUUCGUUUUCAAUUCAAAAAAAAAUAUAGCUGCUUCACGGCUGGCUUGAGCCAUCGAAAAAAGGGUCCUGACACGAUAAUGCACGAGAUAGCGCCUGGCUCGUGGUGAGCACAGACAAGACACGCCCCUUAGCGUCUCAAGCUGGCCGUGAAUUAGCUAUAGUCGAAUUUUUUCCAGUGCUAUGGUGUUUGGCUGGAAAGGAACGGCACCUGCAUCCACUGCAGAAGUUCCCUGAAAGACCCCCAAGAGUACCCGACUUUGGCCUGA